CUCAGAGAGGCAGACGGGAUGGCUAGCUCAGCUAGGGAGCACCUGCUUUUUGUGCGGCGUCGAAAUCCCCAGAUGCGGUACACACUGAGCCCAGAGAACCUCCAAAGCCUUGCUGCCCAGAGCUCCAUGCCGGAAAACAUGACCCUCCAGCGGGCCAACAGUGACACAGACCUGGUGACUUCUGAGAGCCGCUCCAGUUUGACAGCCAGCAUGUAUGAGUACACACUGGGGCAGGCCCAGAACCUCAUUAUCUUCUGGGAUAUUAAAGAGGAGGUGGACCCUAGUGACUGGAUUGGACUCUAUCACAUCGAUGAGAAUUCUCCAGCCAACUUCUGGGAUUCUAAAAACAGGGGUGUGACUGGGACUCAAAAAGGACAAAUUGUAUGGAGAAUUGAGCCUGGGCCCUAUUUCAUGGAACCUGAGAUAAAAAUCUGUUUUAAAUACUACCACGGCAUCAGUGGGGCCCUGCGAGCUACAACCCCCUGCAUCACCGUGAAGAACCCUGCUGUGAUGAUGGGAGCAGAAGGCAUGGAAGGAGGUGCUGCAGGAAAUCAACAUUCUCGGAAACUUGUUAGUUUUACACUGUCAGAUCUUAGGGCAGUUGGGCUAAAGAAAGGGAUGUUCUUCAAUCCUGACCCUUACCUUAAGAUGUCCAUUCAGCCAGGGAAGAAGAGCAGUUUUCCCACCUGUGCCCACCACGGACAGGAGCGAAGGUCUACUAUCAUCAGUAACACCACUAAUCCAAUUUGGCACCGAGAGAAAUAUUCCUUCUUUGCACUUCUUACUGAUGUCUUAGAAAUUGAAAUUAAAGACAAAUUUGCCAAGAGCCGUCCUAUCAUCAAGCGUUUUCUGGGGAAACUAACCAUCCCAGUCCAGAGGUUACUGGAGCGACAAGCCAUUGGUGACCAAAUGCUCAGUUACAACCUCGGCAGAAGGCUACCAGCUGAUCAUGUGAGUGGAUACCUCCAGUUUAAAGUGGAGGUGACCUCUUCUGCACAUGAAGAUGCUUCUCCAGAAGCUGUGGGUACAAUACUUGGGGUCAAUACUGUGAAUGGAGACCUUGGAAGCCCUUCUGAUGAGGAGGACCUUCCAGGGGCACAUCAUGACAGCCCCAUUUGUUCUAAUGGACCCAUUUCUGAGGAAAGUGCUGCCGAGGGGACCCCCAAGCAUUCUUUCAGGACUAGCUCUACUCUGGAAAUAGAUACAGAGGACUUAAUCUCUACUUCAUCAAGGACCUCACCACCGAGAGGACGUCAGGACUCCCUUAAUGAUUAUUUAGAUGCUAUUGAACACAAUGGCCCUCAUAGGCCUGGUGCAGCUUCCUGCUCAGAGCGGUCCAUGGGCGCCUCCCCAAAACUGAGGAGUAGUUUUCCCACUGACACAAGGCUCAAUGCAAUGCUUCAUAUUGAUUCGGAUGAAGAAGACCAUGAGUUCCAGCAAGACCUGGGUUACACGUCUUCCUUGGAGGAGGAGGGAGGAUUAAUAAUGUUUAGCAGGGCAUCAGGAGCUGAUGAUGGGAGCCUGACGUCUCAGACAAAGCCAGAAGACAACCCCGUGGAGACUGAGGAAGCCUCCACAACCGAAGCUGCUUCUUUAGAGGAGAAGCCAGAAACUCUCCCAGAGCUUGCAGAGAGCUCCUUACCCUCGGCCCCAGUGCCAGACGAAAAUGAAAGUGUUCCAGAGCCUCAACCAGCUGCUGACCAAGCCAGCACCGAAUUGUGUAGCUCUCAAGAGGUAGAGCAGCUCACCAGCGGGGCAGACGCUGGGACCUCGGACACAUCAGGAGGAAGCCGAAGGGCCGUCAGCGAGACCGAGUCCCUGGAUCAAGGGUCUGAACCUUCCCAGGUCUCCUCUGAAACAGAACCCAGUGACCCUGCGAGGACAGAGAGCGUGAGUGAGGCCAGCACUAGGCCUGAGGGAGAGAGUGACCUGGAAGGCGCUGACAGCUCCUGCAAUGAGAGCGUCACCACUCAGCUGUCCUCGGUGGAGACACGGUGCUCGUCUCUUGAGAGUGCACGGUUUCCCGAAACCCCAGCCUUUUCUUCUCAGGAGGAGGAGGAAGGAGCCUGUACAGCAGAGCCCACCAGCAGUGACCCAGCCGAAGGGUCUCAGGAUUCCAUAUGCACUCCUGGUUCUUUACCUGUGGUGCAGAUGCCCAGUGAAGAGGAGGCAGGGCAAGGGGCAGAGUCUGCCACUCUGCCUGAACCCGAACAGGCGGGGGAGGUCUGGCAACGGAGGGAGAGCCUGGAGGGAGCUGCUGCUGCUGCUGCUGAGAGUCAACCCCAAGAAGAGGGUGAUUCUGGGGAUGCCCAAGGGGCUUGUGAAGGGGCCACUGCCCAGGAAGAGGGCGCCACUGGAGGUUCUCAAACCAAUGGUCACCAGCCUUUGCGGUCAUUGCCUUCAGUACGCCAGGACGUCAGCCGGUACCAGAGGGUGGACGAGGCUCUCCCACCAAACUGGGAGGCACGCAUUGACAGCCAUGGCAGGAUCUUCUACGUGGAUCAUGUCAACAGAACCACCACGUGGCAGCGGCCCACAGCUCCCCCCGCCCCGCAGGUGCUGCAGCGGUCCAACUCCAUUCAGCAGAUGGAGCAGCUCAACAGGCGAUACCAGAGUAUCCGCAGGACCAUGACUAAUGAGCGGCCUGAGGAAAAUUCCAACAGCAUUGAUGGGGCAGGGGAGGAAACUGACUUUCACCAAGCCAGUGCAGAUUUCCGACGGGAGAAUGUCCUGCCCCACUCUACCUCCAGAUCCCGGCUCACGUUGCUGUUACAGUCUCCCCCUGUGAAGUUCCUCAUCAGCCCAGAGUUCUUCACCGUGCUGCAUUCUAACCCUAGUGCCUACCGCAUGUUUACAAACAACACGUGUUUGAAGCACAUGAUCACCAAAGUCCGGCGGGACACCCACCACUUUGAACGCUACCAGCAUAACCGGGACCUUGUGGGAUUCCUCAACAUGUUUGCCAACAAACAGCUGGAGCUGCCCAGGGGCUGGGAGAUGAAGCAUGAUCAUCAAGGCAAGGCAUUUUUUGUUGACCACAAUUCCCGAACCACCACUUUCAUCGACCCCCGGCUCCCCCUUCAGAGCAGUAGACCCACCAGCGCACUGGUUCAUAGGCAGCACUUGACGAGACAGCGCAGUCACAGUGCGGGUGAGGUAGGAGAAGAUUCUCGACAUGCAGGACCGCCAGUUCUUCCCAGGCCUUCCAGUACAUUCAACACAGUCAGUAGGCCACAGUACCAGGACAUGGUUCCAGUAGCUUACAAUGAUAAGAUUGUUGCAUUUCUACGCCAGCCAAAUAUCUUUGAAAUUCUACAGGAGCGUCAACCUGAUCUUACCAGGAAUCAUUCACUCAGGGAGAAGAUCCAAUUUAUACGAACUGAAGGGACCCCAGGAUUGGUGCGCCUUUCAAGUGAUGCAGACCUUGUUAUGUUGCUGAGUUUAUUUGAAGAAGAGAUAAUGUCAUAUGUGCCUCCACAUGCCUUACUCCACCCCAGCUACUGUCAAUCCCCACGUGGCUCCCCCGUGUCCUCUCCUCAGAACUCACCAGGUACUCAGCGUGCCAAUGCCCGAGCUCCAGCCCCCUACAAGCGAGACUUUGAAGCCAAACUAAGGAACUUUUACAGGAAGUUAGAGACUAAAGGAUACGGACAAGGUCCAGGGAAAUUAAAGCUAAUUAUCAGAAGAGAUCACUUACUCGAAGAUGCUUUUAAUCAGAUUAUGGGUUAUUCCAGAAAAGACCUGCAGAGAAAUAAGCUGUACGUCACCUUUGUAGGGGAGGAAGGGCUGGAUUACAGUGGACCUUCCAGAGAGUUUUUCUUCCUGGUAUCCAGAGAACUUUUUAACCCAUAUUAUGGCUUAUUUGAAUAUUCAGCCAAUGACACAUACACCGUACAAAUAAGUCCCAUGUCUGCUUUUGUAGACAAUCACCAUGAAUGGUUCCGGUUCAGUGGUAGGAUCCUUGGUCUUGCACUAAUACACCAGUAUUUGUUGGAUGCCUUCUUCACGAGACCCUUUUAUAAGGCUCUUCUCAGAAUUCUGUGUGACUUAAGUGAUCUAGAAUACCUUGAUGAAGAGUUCCACCAGAGCCUGCAGUGGAUGAAAGACAAUGACAUCCAUGAUAUCCUGGAUCUCACGUUCACGGUGAAUGAAGAAGUGUUUGGACAGAUUACUGAACGUGAAUUAAAACCAGGGGGUGCCAAUAUCCCAGUCACAGAGAAAAACAAGAAGGAGUACAUCGAGAGGAUGGUGAAAUGGAGGAUUGAGAGGGGUGUUGUGCAACAGACUGAAAGCUUAGUGCGUGGCUUCUAUGAGGUGGUGGAUGCCAGGCUGGUAUCUGUCUUUGAUGCAAGAGAAUUAGAACUGGUCAUCGCAGGCACAGCUGAAAUAGACCUAAGUGACUGGAGAAACAACACAGAAUACAGAGGAGGCUAUCAUGACAAUCAUAUUGUAAUUCGAUGGUUCUGGGCUGCAGUGGAAAGAUUCAACAAUGAACAACGACUAAGGUUGUUACAGUUUGUUACAGGCACAUCCAGCAUUCCCUAUGAAGGAUUUGCAUCUCUUCGUGGGAGCAAUGGCCCAAGGAGAUUUUGUGUGGAGAAGUGGGGGAAAAUCACCGCUCUUCCCAGAGCUCACACUUGUUUUAACCGUCUGGAUCUUCCCCCUUAUCCAUCCUUCUCCAUGCUUUAUGAAAAACUCUUGACAGCAGUUGAAGAGACCAGUACCUUUGGACUGGAGUGACCUGGAAGCACAAUGACUGGCUGGCAGUGGCAGGACACGGGAUUUCAGAAGCUGCUCUCGAGAAGAAUGGCCGAACCAUGGGGGUUUCAAGAACAAGCUUUCGUGACAGUAGAGCUGUGUGCUGUUAUUUUCCAGGAACACGUGCCCUGUCACUUCUGGGGACUGAAUGGUGGUGAUGAGUCCUCUUGGAAGGAUUUGGGUGAGCUUGAUGCCCAGGGAACAACCCAACAGUCUCUCGAUCAACAGUUCUUGACUGCCAAACUUUUUACCAUUUAUUUUGUUCCAAGACAAAGGUGAACUUGUACAUGAUCAACUUUUAGGAACUUGGGAUGGAAACUUACCUUUAAACGUGGUUCAAGCCAAACUAGCAGCACUUGACCCAAUCUCCAAAUUAGCGCAAGUUUAAUAACAUAAUAAAAAGUAUGUUUCCGGAAAGUACAUUCAUUUAAGCCCUAAGUUACAACAAAUAUUCAUUCUCUUGCUUAUGAGUGCCUGCAUGGUGUGCACCGUAGGUUGCUGCGUUCAAGGGACACUGAUGAAAACAAAACCAAGUCCAUAUGAGGUAACUUUAAAGAUUUGCAAUAAGGUGGUCUGUGACAUGUAUAUGCAGUGGUAUAUGUGUAAUUAUGGCUGAAGACAAACUGUUAUACAAUGACAGAUUUUAUGCUUUAUAAUGCAUGAAAACAAUUUUAAAAUAACUAACAAUUAAUCACAGCAUAUCAGGAAAAAAAGUACACAGUGAGUUCUGUUUAUUUUUAUAUAAGUUCAUUAUAUUUAUGUUCUUUGAGAUGUAUAUAAGAACCUACCUACCAUACUGUACGUAUCACCUAUUCCAUUUUCAUGUUCCAUCCAUGCUUACUCGGGCAUCACGCUAGUAUGUAUCCUUUUAAGCACUCUCAAGGGAACAAAAGGGCCUUUUAUUUUUAUAAAGGUACAAAAAAACUCCCCGAAAUAUUUUGCACUGAAUGUACCAAAGUUGAAGGGACAUUACAAUAUGACUUACAGCAACUCCAUCACUUGACAAGUAUGAUAGAAAUAGCUUCCAAAUCAGACUUUCUUCACAGUGCCAUGUCUACCACUACAAGGACUGUGCAUCUAAGUAAUAAUUUUUUAAGACUCACUAUAUGUGAUAGUAUGAUAUGCAUUUAUUUAAAAUGCAUUAGACUUUCUUCCAUCCAUCAAAUACUUUACAGGAUGGCAUUUAAUACAGAUAUUUCGUAUUUCCCCCACUGCUUUUUAUUUCUACAGCAUCAUCAAACACUCAGCUCUCUUAGGGAGCCAUCAACAACACCGAAGAGAUCACCUCUCUUUAGUAAUAAGACUUCCAUUUUCUCUCAUCAGUGAAGACGUCACAAAUUGAAACCCUCAGUACUAUAUUUCUAAGCCUACAUUUUCACUGAUGCAUAAUUUUCUUAUCAAUAUUAAGAAACAAUUUUUCUAUGGUAUCUCAGACAUUGCAUGACAUCAUAAAGUUCUUUCUGCUUUGUUUUAUCAGAGAAUAUCCUUCAUUUUUAUUGCUUUUGGGGUUGUUCCACAUCGUUGUUUAUUUCUUGACUUAUGGCCAUAACUAAUCAGACUACAAUAGAGUGAAAUUAAAUUGUGGGUAAUAAAAACACUGGAUUAACAUUUGUUUUGCUAGCCUGUGGUUUUAUAAGCAUUACCCAAACAUUUCUUUUAGAAUUAUAUUUAUUACUAACCAUGGAAUUCCUAUAAUAGAAUGUUGGCAAUCUUAUACUUUAUAGAGAUCAUAUACAUGGUUUUCAGAGGUGGUUUGUAAGAACCGAUUGCUCUCCUGUUAGUUAAGCUAUAUUUACUACUGGGAAUCUUGGGAAAUAACCCACUCACAUUGCAUUUCUGCAAUAUAGGCAGUUACUGCAGAGUGAGGAAUUUUUCUGGAAAAAAAAAUUAUUGCAGUUAUCUGGUAGUAAGAAAGGAAGAUUCAUCUGUGUAUAUCUGGGGCAGGAAAAAAAAGGCAGCAAGGAAAAUUAUAACUGGAAAUGUUAGUUUGUACUUAGUGAUGAAUUUAAGUAUAUAUUUAAUUUUGCAAA